AUUCUGAAAAGACACUGUAUGCAUGUAACGAACAGACAUUGAUAGAGUAAGUAAACUGAUGAAACGGAAACUGAACACGGAGAGAGAAAUAAGUACUAAAGGUCAGAUUGUUUUUGUGCAGCAGGUCCAGGCUUGCUCCAUUUCUGAAGAGUCACCACACCACCUGUAAGCCAGCAGAGAUGGAAAAGCUCAUGGAGAAUGAUGUAUUUAUGGCCUUCUCCACCUAUGCUGCUAUUGUCAUUCUGAAGAUGAUGCUGAUGGCGCCAAUGACUGCAUACUACCGCCUCACCAGAGGGGCAUUUGCUAAUGAUGAAGAUGUGAGCAGAAAACCUGCAGAAGAGAGGAAGAAGCUUCUGAGAGCCCAUCCAGAUGUAGAACGAGUUCGAAGGUGUCAUCAGAAUGACCUGGAGAACAUAAUCCCCUUCGUGGUGAUCGGUCUUCUUUACGCUCUGAGUGGCCCUGAACUUUCGACUGCUCUGCUUCACUUCCGCCUCUUCACUGGCUCGCGGAUCUUCCACACCAUUGCUUACGUUGGUGCUCUGCCUCAGCCCAGCAGGGGUCUGUCCUGGAUGCUGGGCAUGCUGGUCACCUUCUCCAUGGCUUACAGGGUGCUCAGUACAGUUUGUCCUCCUUUAAAGAUGACAACUGGACCAGUAGACCUUGAUCUCUUCUACACAAGCUUACAUUCCUAUGAUACCUGAACUUGUUUUUUACUUCACUUUCUAUGAGCUUGAUUAUUAAACAGCCAUUGUAUUCAUUUUUGCCCUCCCUGUAACUUGCUGGAACUGUGAAUGGAAAAUUUAGUUUUAAUAAACUCAAUAAAUCAA